AUGAGCUGUGAUCUCACUCUGUUUACUGGUGUGUUUCUUUCAGGUGCACACAUUAACCAGAGGAUGUACGGCUGUGAGUGGGACGAUGAGACUGGAGAGCUUAAUGGGUUUAAUCAGUAUGGUUAUGAUGGAGAAGACUUCAUAGCAUUUGACCUGAAGACAGAGACAUGGAUCGCUCCAACACCACAGGCUGUCAUCACCAAACACAAGUGGGAUAAUAACAGAGCUUUGACAACACAGAGAAAAAACUACCUGACCCAGAUUUGUCCUGACUGGCUGAAGAGGUAUUUGGCCUAUGGGAGGAGCUCUCUGCUGAGAAAAGACCUUCCCUCAGUGUCUCUCCUCCAGAAGACUCCCUCCUCUCCAGUCAGCUGCCACGCUACAGGUUUCUACCCUGACAGAGCCCUGAUGUUCUGGAUGAAAGAUGGAGAGGAGCUUCAUGAGGACGUGGACCUCGGAGAGAUCCUCCCCAACAACGAUGGAUCCUUCCAGAUGAGUGUUGACCUGAAUCCUCCAACUGGAGACUGGGAGAAGUACGAAUGUGUGUUUCAGCUCUCUGGUGUGAAGGACGACAUCAUCACCAAACUGGACAAAGUGAAGAUCAGAACCAAUGAAGACAUGAAGACCUCAUCUGACACUACAGGACCAGCGACUCACUCUCUGAAGUAUUUCUACACUGCGUCGUCUGGAGUCCCAAACUUCCCAGAGUUUGUGGCUGUUGGGUUGGUUGAUGAAGUUCAGAUGUUUCACUAUGACAGUAACACCAGGAGAGCAGAACCCAGACAGGACUGGAUGAGCAGAGUCACAGCAGGUGAUCCUCAGUACUGGCAGAGGGAGACUCAGAUCUCUCUGGCUGCCCAGCAGGUCUUCAAAGCCAACAUCGAAGUUGCAAAGCAGCGCUUCGACCAAACUGGAGGAAAAUGGCCAAAACAUUGUUCUAUGUAACUAAAGAGCAGGAUUCAUCUGUUAGGU